UAAGAUAACCACCACGCGAGAAAACAUCGCUGUCGAGAAAACUGAGCAUAAAUCAGUGAAUUGAUUAAUUUUCAGCUAUUAUAUAUAUAAUAUAUAUAACAUCAGAUAUUGUAUUUGAAAAUGGGCAAUGCCGGGAAAUCUAAGGGAUCUGGGAAAAAAUCUAGUGACAGUCAUAAGAAUUACGGAAAACGAUUAAAAACUAAAAGAAGAACCAAGGAUGUCGACCAGAUCCAUGAAGAUAUGAAACCAGGAAAUAAAAAUAAAUUGUUAAAUCAACCGAUUGAUACUGAUUUACCGGGGGAGGGACAGAAUUAUUGCCUCCAUUGCGCGAGACACUUCAUCGACAUCACUGCACUGAAAAGUCAUUUUAAAACUAAAGUCCAUAAAAGGAGAUUGAAACAGUUGGCAACAGAGCCAUACACUCAGGAAGAAGCAGAAAGAGCUGCAGGAAUGGGAAACUACAUCACUCCUAAACGACUUAAAGUUGAAACUCAGUCUGUCCCUGAAGAAAUGGACGACAAAACUUGAAAAUAUGUUAAUUAUGAAUAGAAUUUUAUUAAUAUUUCUGGGGGUGAGAAGAGGCCUAUCAUAAAUUUGACUUAUUCUCUCUUGUGACUAUUCACUUAUUCAUGCUAAUGGUUUUAGCAUUUUUAAUCAAUGUUGGGGAGACUAGAGUCUAUUCAUCAAAAUAAAACGAGCCAGACUCAGCUAAUCACCAUUGAGAUUUAACCCAGUGAUUGACCCGACUUGAGAUCAGGAUGACCAGUGUCUUCAUCCCAAUACUGUUAAUUAGUGUUCUGGAUAUAGAAAAGCAGGUGUGCGAAGGACAGCAAAGUGUACAGAAAUCCUCUCUCCCAUGGUCAUUCCUGAAGAAGUCUCCGAGCUAAGGAGCUGGUUCAUAAUCACAGCGGCUCCGGAUCCAGCGCUUCACUUCAUGCCCAUCGGGAUUUUUAAGUGCGACCACAUCAUAAAAUUUCUGUCCAAAUGUACUUCCAUGGAAGCGGACUCAAAACUGUGAUAUUAAGGUGUCAAAUUUUAAAAUUAAAGUUCCAAAUAUAUAAAUUCAGCUUGAGAUUUUAAAUUAGUAUUAUGAAUUGAAAUUUAUGUGCUGAAAAGAAUACAUUUUAUUAUCUGUAUGACAUUAUAAAUGUUAAAAAAUGAUUAGAUGGUUUGGAGCUGUAGCCACUAAAAUUUCUGGGGGCUUCAGCAAAAUGUCACAUCUACGAUGUCAGCUCCCCAGCCCGAAUUAUGUCAUAGCUAACAUGCUCUCAUGUUUUAACUGAGCAUGUAUGAGCAUUUUCAAAAGUCUGUUGUGCAUAUGAACCCCCGAAGCUUAUCAAACAUACAAGAAUCGUGGCGAUUGACAAUGCAAUAAAUUAUAUAGAAAAGA